UAAAUAUCUAGAAAUUUCAGAAUUUCUUUCUGUAUUUUUUAUUUUAACUCUUACUGCAAGUUGUAAUGCAAAGGCGUUACUCUUAAAACCAGUGAUCAUUGCUGCAAAUUAUUCUCAUCCUUAUAUGUUUUCAUUAAAUUCAACAAUUGAAUAUGUUUUUAUUUAUGGCGAAGGAGGUAAAAGUUCAUUUGAAGGAGUUAGAAUUAUUGUGGAAAGUAAGGAUGCGAUAUCUAAUUACCCUUUAUCCGUUGUUGCUCAACAAAAAAAGGGAAUUCUUUCAUGGGAAAUUCCACUUUUGGUACAAAAUAAGCACUCAGUGGAUCCUAUUCCAUAUAAUUUAACAAGUAGAACUCUAUGUCCAUCUAAAUAUUAUAAAACAAUAAGAUUCGAACAAAUGGAUGAUUAUGUUACAAUAACUAUAUCAACAAUUAGUUUGAACAAUAUUACAUUUUAUCUUGAAUUAUAUCCACUACAAAAUUUUUAUAUAAAAUCUGGAGAAUCAAGAAUAUUUAACAUUACUCCAUCGGAACCAGUUUAUUAUGGCUACAAUUUUGAUUCCACAAAUACAAGUUCUUCUGUGCUUAUUAGUGUUAAGUCUGAUUCUGAAGUUUGUAUGACAUUUUCGAUUCAAAACAUAUCGUGUCCCGUAUUUGAUUUGGAAAGAAAUAUUCAGCUUGCAGGCUAUUGGCAAACUGUCUUGUCUCAAGGAGGAAUUACAGUACCGACAGAUGAGUAUCCAAAUGGUUUUUUCAUAGUUUUUGUUGUAAAUGCUGAUGAUUUGGAUUGUUCAGAAAAUUCUAUCACUGUACCUAAUCGUAGAAAAUUAGUUGAGCUAAGAAUUGAUUACAGCAUUACAAAACGUGAUUAUCUUAAUGCAUCAUUUACAACAAUAUCAGUUAUAGUGGCAUUUUGUGUAAUUUAUAUUACUGGUAUAGUUGUUUAUAAGUUUUAUCACUCUAGAAUAUUAAGAGAGCAAUCCAUUCAUGAUCAAUUUGAUUUUAAUCAACAAAGUAUAAAUACAUCGAAUCAGCCCCAUACUUCAGGUUUUCAAGAGAUUGAAUAUAAGCAAAAUAUUUUAUACCUGGACGAUGAUUCUUCCAUAGAUGAAGAUGAUAUUGAUUUAAUGCACGAUGCACUGUCUGAUAAGGAAAUCAUACGUACAAAACUUGUACUUUCUGUGUGUGAUUUAGCUAGAAAAGAACCAAAAAUCCUCCGUAAAAAGUCUCUACUUUAUGUAUAUUAUCUUAUAACUAUAGCCAUUUUUUAUACAGCUCCAGUUAUACAGUUAGUCAUUACGUACCAGAACGUUCUCCAUGUUACUGGAAAUCAAGAUCUUUGUUAUUAUAAUUUUCUUUGUUCUCAUCCGUUAUUUUUUUUAUCAGAUUUCAAUCAUGUAUUUUCAAACUUAGGGUAUAUUUUGUUCGGUUUAUUAUUUAUCUUCAUUGUUUAUAUGAGAGAAAAAUCCGAUGAUAGUUUAUAUCACAAUGAUAGAGGGUUUGGAAUCCCACAACAUUAUGGACUCUUUUACGCAAUGGGUUUUGCAUUGAUGAUGGAAGGCAUAUUAUCUGGAAGCUAUCAUUUAUGUCCAAAUCAUAGUAACUUUCAAUUUGAUACAAGCUUUAUGUACAUUAUUUCAGUACUAUGUAUGGUGAAGAUAUAUCAAAAUCGCCAUCCAGAUAUUAAUGCUCAAGCAUCUGUUACUUUUGGUGUUUUAGCAAUUACUAUAUUAUUAGCUUUAAUUGGUGUUCUUGAUGGUCGAUUAUAUUUCUGGGUAAUUUUUACAAUUAUCCAUCUCUUAGUAUGUUUAGCUUUAAGCGCACAAAUUUAUUAUAUGGGACGUUGGAAAUUUAAUGGGGGUGUAUUUCGUCGAAUGAUGAUGACGAUGAAACAUGAUGCACGUUCAGGAAUAAGUUAUCUAGUUCAACCACUUUAUUGGAGGCGAUUAUUGUUAUUAAUUAUUGGUAAUCUUUGUAAUCUUGGACUAACAGUUUAUGGUAACAUAUAUCAUAAACAAGAUUUUGCUACUUAUUUACUUCUGGUUCUUAUGUCUAAUCUUCUUCUCUACACAUUUUUCUACAUUAUAAUGAAACUAUGCCAUAGAGAAAAAAUCAUGCUCCAGCCUUUGGUAUAUAUCAUCCUCUCAUUCGUCACUUGGGGUGGUGCACUAUACUUUUUUAUCUCGAAAACAAUAUCGUGGGCACAAACACCGGCCCAAUCGCGUGCCCACAAUAGGCCCUGCUCGACAUUUAUGUUGAAUUUCUAUGACUAUCACGAUAUUUGGCACUUCCUUUCAGCUCUCGCCAUGUUUUUCUCUUUUAUGGUAUUGCUUACGCUCGACGAUGAUCUUGCCGAUGCGCACCGCAGUCUCAUUCCUGUUUUUUAAGACGGCUGUAAAAUAAAAAUGAAAUUAUUACGAAUUAUAAAGUAUUAAUGAUUCGUGAUUGUGACAAGUAAAUGUAUAUAACAUAAAGAAAAUGACUGAUUGAUUAAGGAACGUUGUUUUGUUAAUUAAAAUUAUGAAGAAUUCAUUAACCAGAGCAAUGCCAUAUUUACGAUCUUCGAUUCGGCUUUAUAAUCACUUAAAAUUCAAUUUUUGAUUAUCCAAAAUAUUUA